AGCACAAAAAAAACCCGGCGCUCCAGCCUUCUUCUCAGCUCGGCAGCUGUUGCCAUUCCACUUAGCAGCCCCACGGACACGACGGCGAGAUGACUCCGUGGACUCCAACAUAAAAAACACGCGUCCACGGCAAAUACAAUAUAUCUAUAUUUUUGAGAGGACCCAAAGUUCCAAAUCAAUGGUACAGAAAAGUAGCAUGUCCAGGACGCCUUCGACCUCGACCCAGGAGAUCCAAAUGGACAUGUUCGACCCCCAUCUUCAAUCACAGGGCAAGUACGCUAAGAGGAAGAGCCGCUUCAAGCGCUCCGAUGGAAGCACCUCUUCUGACACCACCUCCAACAGCUUCGUCCGCCAGGGGUCGGCCGACUCAUACACGAGCCGGCCGUCGGACUCCGAUGUCUCCCUGGAGGAGGACCCUGAGGCCCUGAGGAAGGAGGCGGACCGGCAGGCCCUCGCCACGCUCGAGAAAGCAAAGACCAAACCUGUGGCGUUUGCGGUGCGGACUAACGUGGGCUACAACCCGGGCCCCAGCGAUGACGUUCCUGUGCAAGGCAUGGCCAUAUCCUUCGAAACCAAAGACUUCUUGCAUAUUAAAGAGAAGUACAAUAACGACUGGUGGAUCGGGCGCCUGGUGAAGGAAGGCUGCGAGGUGGGCUUCAUCCCCAGCCCGGUCAAGCUGGAGAACACCCGCCUGCUGCAGGAGCAGAGGAUGAGGCAGAACCGACUCAGCUCCAGUAAAUCGGGAGGGAGCUCCAGUCUGGAUGUUGCCACAGGAACCCGCAGGCCCACCCCACCCGGCACAGCGCACAUGGACACGUCCACCGUGACCUUUGACGUAGACCCCCUCGACCUGGAUGCUGAGGAGCUCCCUGAGUCGCAGGGUGACCCUCGCUCCCCGAAGGGCAUGUCCGGCAGCGUGACGUCACCUCAGGCCAACACGCACCGGCUGCCCUUCUUUAAGAAGAUGGAGCAUGUGCCCCCCUAUGACGUGGUGCCCUCUAUGAGACCCAUCAUCCUGGUCGGGCCGUCGCUCAAAGGCUACGAGGUGACCGACAUGAUGCAGAAGGCCCUCUUUGACUUCCUGAAACACAAGUUCGAGGGAAGGAUAUCCAUCACGCGGGUGACGGCCGACAUCUCGCUGGCCAAACGCUCGGUCCUCAACAACCCCAGCAAGCACACCAUCAUCGAGCGCUCCAGCACUCGCUCCAGCCUGGCUGAGGUCCAGAGCGAGAUCGAGCGCAUCUUCGAGCUGGCCCGCACGCUGCAGCUGGUGGCUCUGGAUGCAGACACCAUCAACCACCCGUCUCAGCUCGCCAAGACCUCGCUGGCGCCCAUCAUCGUCUACAUCAAAAUAGCCUCACCUAAGGUCUUGCAGAGACUCAUCAAAUCCAGAGGGAAGUCCCAAGCCAAACACCUCAACGUGCAGAUGGUGGCGGCCGACAAGUUGGCGCAGUGCCCCCCUGAACUAUUUGACAUCAUCCUGGACGAGAACCAGCUGGAGGACGCCUGCGAGCACCUGGCCGACUACCUGGAGGCCUACUGGAAGGCCACCCACCCUCCGAGCAGCAACCCGCCCAACCCGCUGCUCAACCGCACCAUGGCCACGGCGGCGCUGGCCGCCUCCCCCGAGCCCGUCUCCAACCUGCAGGGCACGGUGCACGGCGAGCCCCCCAAGCGGGAAGGCACGGACAGCGGCGGGAGCGGCCCCCUGCAUGACUACCAUGGCGACCUCGGAGGAAAGCCUCAGCAGCAGCAGCAGCAGCAGCAAGCGUACCUGCGCUCCACCCGCGGCCAGCUGAGAGCGGGCAGUGGGCGGGGCCUGUCCCGGCAAGACACCUUCGACUCGGAGACGCAGGGCAGCCGGGACUCGGCCUACACCGAGGCGGGCGACUCCUGCAUGGACAUUGAGACCGACCCCUACGAGGAGCCCGAGCCCUACCGGGGAGGAGGAGGAGGAGGAGGCGGCGGGGGCAGCCGCCUGCACCUGGCGCAGCACCACGGGCGCCAGGCCUCCUGGGAGGACGAGGGCGCCGAGCCGGACCAGGAGAACCUGAACCAGCCCCCGGCGCCGAGCCAGGCUCAGGUGCACAGCAGGCGCGCCAAGCUGAGGGAGCGCUACUGCCAGGAACCGGUGGACACGGCGGCCGGCAAGGGGCGCAACAAGAACCAGGACGACUGGGGGAGGGACGUCUACAUCCGCUGAGGCGAGCAGGGAGCAGGACAGCAAAUGUUUACAUCCACGGACCGCCACACACACACACCAGAUAAAUAAUUGGGUUUUACACUGCAUGAAUGUUCUGAUUGUGAUCACAUGACUCCUCUUCCACUUCCAGUAUAGAAUGUGAGGGCAGCUUCAUGCCUCUGUCCUUAAGUCUUAAACAGGGUCUUCAUCACAUCAGCCCCGACCUCCCUCGUGUGCAGUGAUAGGGUUUCUCCUCGCCUUCCAGUGCUUUUUUCCACAAGACCACCCGGACCUUAAAAAAGAUGAAGUGGCUGAAUAACUUUUUUUUUUUUUUUUUUUUUUUUUUUUUGUGUCUGUGUGGCUUGAACAAAGACUCCAAAGACGUCCUCUCUAACGCCGUGACACGCUAUACACGUUUUCUCCCCUCCCCCCUCCCUUCGCCGCCAUUUGAAAACUCCAAAUCACAAGUGCCGGAAGGUCUCGCCAAGCCAUGUCCACCGCCGCCAUGGUGGGAUGUCUUAACUCGUACACUCCUCGUCACCACAGAUGCUGCCUGUAGGUCCAACAACACAUCUGGCUUCCUUUUGCUUUUGUUGCACCACCUUUGGUAUUUUCUUCACCCCCCAACAGCCCACUACUAACUCUUAUUUUAUUUGUAUUUAUUUUUUGAAAGAUCCAUUUGUGAGUUUGUGAGAGGCCUACCCAGUAGAACUAUUUCAGAAGUAGAAUAUCCCCCCCCCCCCCUAUACCCUAUCUUCUCGUCUUCAGUUGGAUAAAUAUUAAAUAAUGAUCGGUAAAUAAUGUUAUUGUUGCGUUAUCGCAAUUUGUUUAAAAAAAUAUAUAUAUUGACAUAACAUGACAUACAUGUUGGUGCCUGAUUGUAGCUACAUUUUGCUUUUUUUCUGCCUUUCAUUUUUAACCCGUGGAUAAAUUCGUAUUUUAAUUAAAAAUGUCAGCAGAAAAAAAAAAUUCACUGUGUCGUUUGGUUGUUGUAAUGCACAGGUGUCAAACUCAAGGCCACAUCAUUUUAUGCGGCCUGUGAAAGCCCGGAAAUUUAUUGCAAAAUGUAAUUUCGUUUCUCAGAUGUAAUACACUUUUUCCACCACUUGUGGCAGUAAUGACAAUAGCAAACAAGGUAAAGUCACAGGAAAGAUUUUUGAGCGCAAAAAAUUAAGACUAAAGUUGUGACAGUUCAUUUAAGAAACAUAUUUAUUUAGUUAGAAUGUAUUUAUUUUAACACUGCUUAAUUGCAUGUACAUUUAUUUUUCAUCAGUUUUUGUGAGUCCCUUUUUUGCAGUAUAUUUAAUUUUAAAUAAUGUGCGUCAAUAAAGCACGUCAUCUUUAUUGCUAAAUGUAUUUCGUUUCUGAGAUGUAAUACACUUUUUCCACCACUUGUGGCAGUAAUGACAAUAUCAAACAAGGUAAAGUCAUAUAAAAGUUUCUUGAGCGCAAAAAUUAAGACUAAAGUUGUGAAGCUGUCUUUUAUUGACAGUUCAUUUAAGAAACAUAUUUAUUUAGUUGGAAUGUAUUUAUUUUAACACUGCAUAAUUGCAAGUACAUUUAUUUUUCACCAGUUUUUGUGAGUCCCUUUUUUUUUGCAGUAUAUUUAAUUUCAAUUAAUGUGCGUCAAUAAAGCACGUCAUCUUUAUUGCUAAAUGUAAUUUUGUUUCUCAGAUGUAAUACACUUUUUCCACCACUUGUGGCAGUAAUGACAAUAUCAAACAAGGUAAAGUCAUAAAAGUUUGAGUGCAAAAAUUAAGACUAAAGUUGUGAAGCUGUAUUUUAUUGACAGUUCAUUUAAGAAACAUAUUUAUUUAGUUGGAAUGUAUUUUUUUUAACACUGCGUAAUUGCAUGUAAAUUUAUUUUUCACCAGUUUUUGUGAGUCCAUUUUUUUUGCAGUAUAUUUAAUUUUAAAUAAUAUGCGUCAAUAAAGCACGUCAUCUUUAUUGCAAAAUGUAAUUUUGUUUCUCAAAUGUAGUACACUUUUUCCACCACUUGUGGCAGUAAUGACAAUAUCAAACAAGGUAAAGUCAGAGGAAAGAUUUUUGAGCGCAAAAAAUUAAGACUACAGUUGUGAAGCUGUAUUUUAUUGACAGUUCAUUUAAGAAACAUAUUUAUUUAGUUGGAAUGUAUUUAUUUUAACACUGCAUAAUUGCAUGUACAUUUAUUUUUCACCAGUUUUUGUGAGUCCUUUUUUUUGCAGUAUAUUUAAUUUGAAAUAAUGUGUGUCAAUAAAGCAUGUCAUCUUUAUUGCAAAAUGUAAUUUUGUUUCUCAAAUGUAGUACACUUUUUCCACCACUUGUGGCAGUAAAGACAAUAUCAAACAAGGUAAAGUCAUAGGAAAGAUUUUUGAGCGCAAAAAAUUAAGACUAAAGUUGUGAAGCUGUAUUUUAUUGACAGUUCAUUUAAGAAACAUAUUUAUUUAGUUGGAAUGUAUUUAUUUUAACACUGCAUAAUUGCAUGUAAAUUUAUUUUUCACCAGUUUUUGUGAGUCCCUUUUUUUUUUCAGUAUAUUUAAUUUUAAAUAAUGUGCGUCAAUAAAGCACGCCAUCUUUAUUGCAAAAUGUAAUUUUGUUUCUCAGAUGUAAUACACUUUUUCCACCACUUGUGGCAGUAAAGACAAUAUCAAACAAGGUAAAGUCAUAGGAAAGAUUUUUGAGCGCAAAAAAUUAAGACUAAAGUUGUGAAGCUGUAUUUUAUUGACAGUUCAUUUAAGAAACAUAUUUAUUUAGUUGGAAUGUAUUUAUUUUAACACUGCAUAAUUGCAUGUAAAUUUAUUUUUUACCAGUUUUUGUGAGUCCCUUUUUUUUGCAGUAUAUUUAAUUUUAAAUAAUGUGCGUCAAUAAAGCACAUCGUCUUUAUUGCUAAAUGUAAUUUUGUUUCUCAGAUGUAAUACACUUUUUCCACCACUUGUGGCAGUAAAUACAAUAUCAAAAAAAGGUAGCCAUAUAAAAGUUUCUUGAGUGCAAAAAUUAUGACUACAGUUGUGAAGCUGCAUUUUAUUGACAGUUCAUUUAAGAAACAUAUUUAUUUAGUUGGAAUGUAUUUAUUUUAACACUGCAUAAUUGCAUGUACAUUUAUUUUUCACCAAUUUUUGUGAGUCCCUUUUUUUUCAGUAUAUUUAAUUUUAAAUAAUGUGCGUCAAUAAAACACAUCUUUAUUGCUAAAUGUAGUUUCGUUUCUCAGAUGUAAUACACUUUUUCCACCACUUGUGGCAGUAAUGAAACAAGGUAAAGUCAUAGGAAAGAUUUUUGAGCGCAAAAAAUUAAGACUAAAGUUGUGAAGCUGUAUUUUAUUGACAGAUCAUUUAAGAAACAUAUUUAUUUAGUUGGAAUGUAUUUAUUUUAACACUGCAUAAUUGCAUGUACAUUUAUUUUUCAUCAGUUUUUGUGAGUCCC